AUGAAUUCAUGGACUCUUUCCUUUAUGGAUUCAAAUUUAGAAUCCUAAUUUUCACAUGCACAUUAAAAACAUGUUCUAAGAUGUUAAGAAAAACAAAGAUGGUUAAUUAUUGUUAUUUUAGCUCUUUUAAUAAUAGAAUAUGUGUUGGCAGAGUUUUGGAUUAGUGUUGUAAUUUGGGCAUUUAGUUUAGGAUUAUUAUUCAUUUCAUAUAGAUUUAGAAAUUAAUCGAAAAUCAUCUAAAAAAUAUUUUUUAUCACAAUAAUUUUGUUACUUGCCAUAUAUAAACAAAAUUCUAAAUUUUUUGAUGGUAUAUCAAAGGAAUAAUUCAAUAUUGAUUCAGUCCUUACUACAUCUGUUACUUUUUGGUAUAAUUAUGUUAAAUAACUUAGUCUAAUUAGAAAUUUUAAAAUUGUGAAAUAAUACUUAAUUUUGAUGAUCAUAUUUUUGUUUAAUAUGGUAAUUUAGUACAGAAAUGUUGGUGUUUCAGCUUUCACAAUAUUAUAAAAUAUAAUAUAUAUAGCUAUGAUUAUUCAACAUAUGUAUUAAAAAGAAUAAUAUAGAAGAAUUAAUUAUAUUGAAGAUAUAAAUUAAAUCAACAUUAAUCAAAUACUCUUUAAUUAAUUAAAUCUAUAAUUAUAUAGAGUUGCUUAUGAUAUGUCUUCUUGUCAACUUAUAUUAUUACAAAGAAAUUUAUUAUCAUCAAUAAAUUAAGAGGAUUAGAUUGAAUUUACUAAUUAAAUUAGAUAGAUUCAAAUAUCAAUCAAAAAAAAUAAGAGAAUUUCAGAAUAAAUUGUGUUAAAUCAAAUUAAUUAAAAAAUGACUUUAGAAUAAUUUUUGGUAUUGAUAUUAAACAAUAAAUCAACUAAAUUAACUAAAGAGGUUUUGAAUCAAAAUGAAUAUUAAUUAGUAGGUGUUCUAAAUUUUGAAGAUUUUUAGAUUUCUAUACAUAGAACCUUUUAUAUUAUGCCUAGUGUAAUAAUAUUGAUUAAAAAGAAUUAUAAAGAACAUCAAAUUGAAGAAUUAAAAUUGAAAAGAGAUACACUUAAACGUGGAUUAGAUACAAUAUAGGAUAUAUUUGUUACUAAUAUUAGACCUGUAUUAAUAUAUUAUACUUGGAUUAAAUAAAAUUCAAAUAAUUAGAAGGAAGCUUCUAAAAUAAAAAUAUUACAUAAAAUCAUAUAAGCUAAACUUUAUAAAGCAUAACAUGAAUAUUAAAACUUAAAAGACUUCUUUUAAAUUAAUAAAUCAUUUUAAAAAACAAUUAUAUUAUCAUUUUCUAUUGAUAAGAUAAUGUAAUUUAUUAUUGAUAUUGUUUGUGAUAAUCUUUUAAAUAAGAAAAAUUUAAAAAUAUAAUUUAUUAAUAAAUUAUAACUGAAGGAAAUUAAUUAAGAUUAAGCUUAAUUUAUUUAAUUAUUUUUCAAUUUGUUAUUUUUUAUUUCUGAAAAAUCAGAGGAUAUUAAAAUUACAAUUAAAGAUUUUUAAAUGCCUGAAAUCAUACAUUAAAUACUAUAAGUGAAAAUAGAUUAUAUAGGUCAUCCUAUAUCUAGAUAAUUCUUAUAAAAAUUGCCAAUAAUUAAUCCUGAAAAUUUACAAGAUUAUAUUCAUAAUAGUACAGGAACAUUUAGUCUUGAUUUGCCAAUUGCAUUAAUGAUUAUAAGGAAAUUAGGACCAUAAGAUAAAUUAAUAUGGAAAUAAGUAAAUAGAGGUGAGAUUUCAUUAGAAUUUUAUCUAUAUAGAAAUCUUCCAAGUGAUCUUCAUCUAUUACCUGUAAUCUCUUUAAAACCUCACAAAAACAUUAUAUAUAAAUCUAGUCAAACAAGAAGAAAAACUCUAAUUUAUGAUCAUAUAUAUGAAACUGCUCAUUUACCUGCCAUUUAAACAGAUAGAGAAUUAAUAUGA